CCGAAUUCUACGUUAUAUUUCCGGUUCCGGUAAGAAACUAAAUAAACAUUUGGACUCGGAGGAAGAGAAUGUGUUUUUCCAUCUUGAUCAAACAUUUAUUAUAAUUUUGGUUUGUAAGACAAAAAGACACUAUUUGACAUAGUGCAACACUGAAGAUCGUCUACAAUGUCUCGAGAAGAUUCCAGUCACCAAGAACGCCAGCCACUGCACAAGGACGGCUUUGAUGCUGAUGUUCAACUCGACGUCAACGGACACCAUGACCAGACCGAGGCCGACCCAGUGUCUGUGUCACUGAUACAACAUGGGAAACCUCCCGACAGAAACGGUCUGUCGUACACGUCAGAGCCAAUGUUCCAGGAUGUGAUGGAGAGUCCUUACAAGGACACGACAGAGUCCGACCCAAACCUGCGCCGGGUGGUGUCCUCCGACCUGCUCCCACGUCCCUGGGGGAACUUCCAGCAGGUGUUGGUCGUGUCGUAUGUUAGCUGUGUGUUCUUCAUCAUCACGGGAAUCUUCGCUCUCAAGUACACGCAGAGGGCCAUGAUGCACCAGUCUAAGGGUUUGCUGGGCAUGGCUCAGAAAGACAUUAAGCGGGCUGUUCACCUGAUCUACAUCAGUUUUGUGGUUGGUCUCCUGUUGCUUGUUCUUGUUCCCAUUAUCGUCGUGUGCAGCAACGGCUGUUGAAUCGGUUCUCAACAUGCAUUGAGUCUUGGUGCAGGUUUCCUUUUCAUGGUGCAUUUGGGUUUUUUCAUGGCUCUUGCUCUGGAGCUGUUGAAUAAUUUUGCUUUCAUGUGAAACAGGUACUAUUGUUUUGGGUGUGUGUCAUUGUGGGCUUUUUUAACUUAGUGUGCUAGAAAUUUCUAGACCAGACAUUGAUUAACAAACAGAGUGAUGGAACAAGUGAUAUUUUAACAGAACACAUACUGAACCAGUCGCUCAAAUUAAUAGUAAAUGAGGUAUGGUACUUAUUACUAUAUUUAACAUUUAAAUGGCAUGGUCAACUUAGGUUGAUUAUCUGAGACCACAUCCAAAUUAAAUAAAGAGGUGCUUGAAUUGUGUGUAUUGCCUUACCCAGUAGGUAGGUUGAUUUUACCCACUGUAUAUCUUCUUUGUUUUGUUUAUGAGUACUAUUGUAGUUUUAUGCAAUGAUUAUAAACACUGGAGGUUUUUUUUUUUUUACUUUGUUUAUGGACCAAGUGAUUUGUUUUCCAGGCAGGAAACUCUUUUGUACACUAACUACUUUUAUGCAGUCCUUAAUCUUGAAAAAGUGGAUACAUCUGGCUUCUCUUGUUAAAUAAUUUUUAUUAGAAAUGUUAAGGAAUGGAACAAAAAUCUUUACAAGUGGAUGGAAUUUUCAGUAUUCUGGAACUGUUCUAAAAUGUACAGUACUAUUAUAUUGCUACCCAGUACUUCUAAAUUCACCAGUCUAAUGACAAAUGUUUGUAGCUUCACUAUCAUCUUACAAAACAACCAAACACCAAUUUCUCUCAGGUUUUUUUUGUGUGUUGACAACUUAUUGUUCAAACUUGUAAUAUGAUACUACAUGUAACCACAACAAUACUAUGUAACUUUUGAUAUUGAAAUUUAGCCUUUAUAAUGUGUAUAUUAUUUGUUUAAUUCUUUUGUGAUUCGAUAUGAUAAACACAAAAAUUAGUGAAAUUGUGUUUUUAUUUUAAUGAAAAUUUUAUUUGAUAUGAUAAAACAGAACACUUCAACAAUUUGUUGUUUUGUCGACAACAAAAUUUUUUUGUAAAAAUUUGAAUAAGUUUUUUGUUUACUUCUGCAGGGCUCACCCAGUCCAUUGCCAAAUUUACCAGCUGCUAAUUUUUAUAUAUAGUGGCUACAACAUUAAGUCUUUAAUUGAUAAAAAAAUUCCUUAAAUUAAGUACAUUUUAAUAAUUUUUGAGGAAAUACUCUACAUAUGUCUGAAAAUUGGCUAAACUAAAAUUUGUUCCAGUGCAAGCCCUGUGAAUGUAAAUAGAAUCCUACAAUGUUAAUGUGCUUUCACCCCCGAUGUAUAAUCAUGAUCUUUUGCCAUUAGGCUGGUGAAAAAUGUGACCACAUGUACUUGAAUAAUGUUAUACAUGAACAGUAUAAGUAGCAUUUAAUGACAGGGUCACACAGUAUUUGAUAUAACUAAAUGGUCCAGCAAAGUGGGGCAUUUGAGCAUUUUCAUUUGAUUCAGACAAAAAUCAGACCCCCCCCCCCC